AUGGGCAGCAGGAUGUGGGGCGCCUGCGUCCUCUGCUUGCUGGGCCCCUUGCCAAUCGUCCUGGGCCACGUGCACCCAGAAUGUGAUGUCAUCACUCAGCUGAGAGAGGACGAGCAAGCAUGUCUACAAGCUGCUGAAGGGAUGCCCAACUCCACCUUGGGCUGCCCCAGAAUCUGGGACGGGCUGCUGUGCUGGCCGACGGCGGGCUCCGGAGAGUGGGUGAGCCUCCCCUGCCCGGCUUUCUUCUCUCACUUCAGCUUGGAGCCAGGGGCUGUGAAGAGGGACUGCACCAUUGCAGGCUGGUCGGAGCCCUUCCCGCCUUAUCCCGAAGCCUGCCCUGUGCCCCUGGAGCUGCUGACUGAGGAGAAAUCCUACUUCUCCGCGGUAAGGAUCGUCUACACCAUGGGCCACAGCGUCUCGGCUGCAGCCCUCCUAGUGGCCAUCAUCAUCCUGGUUGCUCUCAGGAGGCUCCACUGCCCCAGGAACUACAUCCACACCCAGCUGUUCACCACCUUUAUCCUCAAGGCGGCAGCUGUGUUCCUGAAGGACGCCACCCUCUUUCCCCAGGAGAACAUGGACCACUGCAGCUUCUCCACUGUCCUGUGCAAGGCUUCUGUGACCGCCUCUCAUUUCGCUACCAUGACCAACUUCAGCUGGCUGCUGGCAGAAGCUGUGUACCUGACCUGCCUCUUAGCCUCCACAUUGCCCAGCACAAGGAGGGUCUUCUGGUGGCUGGUUCUCGCUGCCUGGGGGCUUCCUCUGCUCUUCACCAGCAUGUGGGUGGGUUGCAAGUUGGCCUUUGAAGAUGUUGCGUGCUGGGACCUGGACGACAGCUCCCCCUACUGGUGGAUCAUCAAAGGACCCAUCGUCCUCUCUGUUGGGGUGAACUUUGGGCUUUUUCUCAAUAUUAUCCGUAUCCUGCUGAGGAAACUGGAGCCAACUCAGGGCAGCCUCCACACCCAGACUCAGUACUGGCGUCUCUCUAAGUCAACGCUUCUCCUCAUUCCGCUGUUUGGAAUCCACUAUGUCAUUUUCAACUUCCUGCCUGACAGUGCUGGGCUGGACAUCCGCCUCCCCCUAGAACUGGGACUGGGCUCUUUCCAGGGCUUCAUUGUUGCUAUCCUGUACUGCUUCCUCAACCAAGAGGUGAGGACUGAGAUCUCACGGAGAUGGCACGGCUACGAUCCUGAACUUCUGCCAGCCCGGAGGACUCAUAUCAAGUGA